GGCGGCUGACGCACCCAGCGGGAGCAUCGUUAAUUGUCGGGUUUCGAUGCAAAUGUACGCCGGCCAGUACCGCUCCCCCUUUUUAUUAGAAAGAAAAUAAGUAAAUACCAAAGACUCAGUGAGGGUUAUUUUGAGAAAAAAGUGAUUGCGAUGGAGAAGAGGAUUUCGUCUUUGACGCUUUUGUGUCUGGUGCUGUCAGGUGUUGGUGCCAUUCAAGUUACCAUCCCCAAAACUCUUUUUGAGUUUGCCAGGGGUGACAACAUGAUACUGCCCUGCUCCUUCACACCUAAAAAUCCCAUAGGCCCUAAACAGAUAGUCGUCAUCUCAUGGUCUGCUUUGAGUCCAGAUGUUGAUCCUCAAUCGAUCCUCACCUACUACUAUAACCCUGAUCCAAGUCUUGACAUUGAUUCAGGGUAUGAAGGUCGGGCAUCGCUGGAUGUAAACGUCCUUGAGGGAAAGGCUAACCUGAAGCUUUUGUCCCUCACCCUAGCUGACAACAAAACUUAUGAAUGUCACGUUCAGAUCCAAGGUGACAGCACUGGCAAGCCAGUUGCCAUCACACGCGUGAUGGUCCUAGUGGCUCCCUCCCCACCCAUCUGUAAGAUCCAGGGAACAGCAGAGUAUGGCCAGGAUAUCACCUUGUCCUGUGCGUCUGCAGAAGGUUCUCCAGCACCCACUUAUAAGUGGGAUCGCCGUAAUGUACAGAACAUAUCUGUUCCUCAAGACCCCAAAACCACUGACAAGGGAGGCAUCCUUUCACUUUAUAAUAUCACCAAAGAUACAUCAGGAUACUACAUCUGCACCUCAGCAAACAAGAUUCGCUCUGCUACUUGCAACCUCACCCUCUCAGUCAUGCCACCAUCCAUGAAAAUUGGUUCCACUGCAGGAAUAAUUGGUGGAGUUGUAGCUGUCUUGAUUUUACUCGUCAUCAUCAUCCUUUGCUGCUGUUGCCGAAAGAAGAAGAAGAACAACAAUGAAGACUAUGCCAUGGGAGAUCAUGAGGAGUACACCGACAAGCAGGUGGAUAGACCUGUUGAGAGUCAACCCCUUGAAGACUCCAAUGUAAAGAGCACCGACCGCUUUGAAGAAAGAAGUGAGCCUGGUCGCCGUGAUUACGACGACCGCCGCAGCGACUACGACGACCGCCGCAGCGAUUACGACGACCGCCGCCCCCGCGACUACGACGACCGCCGCCCCCGCGACUACGACGACCGACGUUCCCGGGACUACGACGACCGUCGCAGCGACUAUGACGACCGUCGCAGCGACUACGAUGACCGCCGCCCCCGCGACUAUGACGACCGUCGCAGUGACUACGAUGACCGCCGCCCCCGCGACUAUGACGAUCGUCGCUAUCAAGACCGUCGCCGUGAUGAUGCUGGUGACCGUGAGAGACCCCCAGUGCCAAACAGUAAGCCCCCACGGAGGGACUACGACUAAAGCCUCCAACCUGUAACACACCAUCUUCAGCUACCACUGUAUCCAGUAAAAAAGUAGUUAAUUUACACAGAAGGUGUGACCAGAUUAUCAAAUAGUAUAACCUACAUGAUACAUAAA